ACCAAAGAAGCAAGAUAAAAAUAAAAAUAUUAAAUUAAUUUUAUUUUAAAAAUAAACAUUAUUAAUUUUUUUUCCUGUACAAUUAAUAUUGACUGUGAUAAAAUAAAAUUUAAGGUCUAAGGAGUGAAUAAAAUCGAUUCAAUUAAGUUAUUCAAUUUUUGGUCGAACGAGCCAGGAUUACGAUUAAAUUAAAAUUAACAAAUUUAAUUUCUAAUUAAUUAAGUUUUAAAAAGAAAAAACAAAAAACUAAUCAAUAUGUUCAAAAGCCAUUUGGAUAUGAUUGGGAGGAAUGAAACCCCCAGCAAAAAAGCAAAAUUCUGGCAAUCAUAUGUCAGAUCCUUGAAAGGAUCAGAAGAUAUCCGUGCUCAUGAAGCUCCAAAACCAUACAGACCAUUGAGCUCUUAUGAUUCUCUUCCAUCACACUUAAGAAGCAUCUAUGAUGAAGCAAGUGCUCCAAAUGAAAGAAUCCAAAGUACUGGCUAUAGAUAUCUUCCAGUUCAUAGAGAAACUUAUGGCUAUUCCCCAAGACCAAUCUAUGAUCAUCAUUAUAGCAGAACUAUUCCAGCCAACUAUGAUGUUGAACGUGCUUGGAAUGAACAUUUAAAACGUAUGCAAGAAAUUGAACGCAGAUAUCCAUCUCGUUAUGGUCUUUACUUGAGAGACAAACCAAGCCCAUUAGUUCCACUUGAAUAUGAACCAGAAGAUAAACCUCUCCUCUCCGAGAAUUGCCCGAAAUAUAUUCCCAUCUAUACAGCACCACGUUCAUUGAGCCUUCCACCACCACCAAGAGGCGCUAGAUCAAAAACACCAGCAUUCGAACCGUUGCAACCUAUGUUGCCAUAUCGUGACUCGACACCAUUACCAUCAAGAAGAGGUUUAUCACCAAUUCGUGAAUCAUCGGUACCACGUGCUUUAUCACCAUUACGUGCCUUAUCACCAUUGCGUGCAUCAUCUGUACCACGUGCCUCAUCUGUACCACGUGCUCUUUCACCAUUCAGGGAAUCAUCUUAUGAUCCAUGGAGAGACAUAUACAGUAAGUUUGAUGAUAAACCAUUGAGACAUUGUGAACGUGAAGGUUCCCCUACACCCGUUAAAGCUGGAGAAUGGGGACCAAGGGAAACUGAAGUUGCAUAUGAUGCUGAGGGACUCCCAAUUUUCCAUCCCAGAAACAAAUAUGCAAGCAUUUUCAAUCCAAGCCCAUUUUUACCAAUUUCACGUAUCACACGUGAUCCAUUCUGGUGGGAUUUAGAAGAUUUGGCACCAUUCAGGCCAUUUAUUCGUGGAACUAGCUUACCACCAUUGGUUAGAGAUUCAUUUUUAUCCCCAGUCAAACGGGGCUACUUAUGGAGAACACAUCCAAUCAGACCAUUUGAAGACGAAGAAUAAGAAGAAAUGACUUCUUAAAAAAAAAAUAAAUAAAUUUUUCCUCAAUAUGCGAAAAUUUAGUGUGUGAUGACAGGAUAUUUUUAUAAUUUCUAUAAAACAAAGCAAUAAAUUACUCAAAAAAAAAAAAAAACAAAAAUAUUAACACUUUUAAAAUUUACAAAAAAAUAAAAAAAUCAACCUCAAUUAUUUUUACAAUUAUUUUUUACAUAUAAAAUUGUAUUUGAAAUUUAUAUUCGAUUGCCCGUCAAUAUUAUUUUUGUUAUUUUAUCACUGACCUGACGCAAAUCUUUGAUUUUACGUAAUUAUGAUGCACAAUGUAUGAUUUAAAUGAAACAAAAAAAAAAUGUAUAACAAAAAUUUUGAAACAUCAAAAGUGCCCACCUGUAAUUUUGUUAGCAAAAUUGCUCAAAUUAAAUUACCGCAAUUUUAAAAAAAAAACAAUAUCUUUGAAAAGAUAAUAAUGUCAAAAAGUUUCUUUUUGCAUUGUUACAACAAAACAUCAUCAAAAAAGAAAAACGAUAUACCAUCAUCAUAAAAUAAUUGAAGAUUUUUCAAAAUCACCUGUAAAAAUCAUCAACAAAGUGAAGUUAAAAAAUAACAAAUGAAACUUCAAAUUGACAGGAUUCUCGGUCGGAAAAUGGCAGCUAUCUCAAAUGUAAAAAUAAGUUAAUUCGGGGCGGCGAGUGUACAACAACAACAAAUUUCGCACAUAGUAAAUCAAUUAUUAUUUUAUCCUCAAAUAAAAAAAAAAUAAUAUACAAAAAGAAUAACAUCAGAGAAGGAUAAAUAAAUGUUGAUGUCCUCUUCGAAGAAUUUUUUUUUAUUUUAGUUUUUAUAAGACUUGCCUUUUUCUUUAAAUUUUUAAUUUUCGAAUUUUAUUUUAUUUUUUUUUUAUCUUAGGAUUUAUAUGAAAUUAAUAAACGAUAAUAAUUCAUACUAGCUAUUUAUGUAGAGUAAUUUUUCAAAAUGCUUUAAAAAAUCGAAUUAAUUUUUUUUUCUAAAAAUAUUUUUGAAAACUAUGUAAAAAUAUUUUUUGAUUUAUUUGGCCAAAUAUUCAGUAAAUUUGGCCAGAGAAUUUAGAUCAUAUCGUUUUAUUCUCCAUUUACAAUAAAUAUAUGUGUAUAUUUUUUUAAAUCGAAAAUAUGGGGUCUAAAACUUUAUGGUUUGAUAUCAAUAAGUCUGUUUCUUUAUAGUUUUUAAAAAUAUUUUUACAAUAAAGUGUUCAGAAAUUUUUAUAUAUCAAGCUAUAUAUAUGUAUAUAUAUAUUUAUAUUUACAUUUUAUAUUAUAAAAUAUUAAAAUAAUAUUUUUUUAUUCACAAUUAUUUUUCGCUAUAUUUUUUUAUAAAUGUAAAAUUUAAGACUUUUUUCAUUAAAACGCUUCAUUAGGAAAAACCAAAAAUAAAUAAAAUGAAAAAAAAUUUAAGAAUUUUAUUUAAUAAUAUAUAUAUGUAAAUUGUAUAUAUAUAUAUAUAUAUCUAAAAAAACAUCAUUUUAUAUUAUAUAGAAAACGAUAAUUUAUAUUUUUUUUAUUAAUUUUAAUAAAAUUAAUGCUGGAGAAUAUAAAGAAAGAACAAAAUACAAACAAAAAAGAUAAAUUUAAGGAAUAACACCACAAUAAUUAUAAAAAUCUUACAAACAAAGAGUAAAAAAAUUAAAUUAAGUUAAGCUUAAUUAUUAUUAAUAAAUUAAUUAUAAUAUAUAUAUAUAUUUUAUUUUUAAUUAUUUUAAAUAUAAUAUUAUCUUAAUCAAAUUAUAAAAAAAAUAACGAAAAUAACAAAAUAUUAUAUUAUAAUUAACAAAAACCUUUUAUAAUCAUUAUGAAUUUUAAUGUUGAAAAAUGAACUAAUAAACUAACCACAAAUGAAAUGGACCGAAUAAAGAAAACAAAAUGGUUGAAAAUAUUUUCUCCAUUUUCUUUUUUAGUCAGCCAUUUCAAAAUUUUAAUGUUUUUUCUGUCUUUUUUUUUACAUUAUAUUUUUUUUGUGAAAAAAUUUGAUUUGUGACACAUUAACGAACGAAUGGAUUGUUCAAAUUUAUGUAUGUAUAUAGCUAAUUAUGAAAAAAAUUUAUAUUGAAAAUAUUUUGAAUUGAACAAUUCAUACGAAAAAAAUUUAUUACUAAGAGAGAAAAGCUUAAAAAUAAAUCAAAAAUAAAAAAAAAAUUUAAAAAUUAUAAAACAUUAAAUUAAAAAAAAAAAAAAAAUGUAUUAAAACUUUUUAAAUAUUUUAACAUUAAAAAAAAACAAAAAAAAAAAAAUAAAUAUUUUUUAUUAAAAUUUUUAAUUUUUUUUUCCAUUUUUGAUUUAAAUUUAUUUGUAUAUUAAUUAAUUAUUUAAAUUUUGGCAUUCGAGCAUUAAAACAUUCAAUUACAUAAACUUUUAUUAUUUUGUAUAUUAAGAAUAAUAUAAAAAUCGUGAUUUAUAUAUAAAGAAUUUUCAUAUUUAUACAAAGUAAUCGUAUAAAGAUUUUAAUAAAAAAUUACAAGAACAACCUCCAACUGCAUAAGUUGUGAAUAAAAUAAACAGAAGUAUAUAAUUUUUUUUGAAACGCUGUGUAGUUUUUUUGUUUUUCGCUUCUUUUGAAAAAAUAUGAACUUUUCAAAGGAAAAAAAAAACAAGGAAAAUUUAAUUAAAAUAUUAUAAUAAAAUGAUUUUUGUAAAUUGGAAUAAACUUUAUUACAUAAAGAAAAACUGAUAAAAAGAAGAGAACAAAAAAAAACCAAAAAUUAGAAAAGAACUGUUCAAAAUUAAAUUUUUGAAACAAAUUGUAAGGAAUUAUUGAAACAAUUAAAAAGUUAUUUUGGAUACAGGAAAGAAAAUAAGAUAAGAGAAAGUUAAAAAAUAAAAAAAAAAACCAAUAAAAAAAAGAAUGGAAAAAAAUAACAAAACUGUGAAA